UCAUUGAUCAAUCAUUCGGGUGGACAUGCACUUCUAUCUCUAUAUAUAUGGGGCCAAUUUAGAGGGAUUUUAUUCAACAUGUGUCUUCUGUUUUGCUCCACUAAUUAGUAUAUUUUAAGUACUUCUUGUGUGUUUUAGAGUCAAUUGUGGGUGGGGGGAAGAAGAAGAUGGCUCUUACUGGCAAGAUGGAGAGUGAAGUAGAGAUUAAGUCAAAUGGUGAUGAUAUUUUCCAUAUGUGUGCAGGUAAGAAAGCACAGCACACAGCAACUCUGAGCCCUGAGAAAGUGCACAAAGUGGAAAUCCAUGAAGGUGAGUGGGGGGAUCAUGGAUCCGUGAAGGUCUGGACUUUUGUUGCAGAGGGGAAGGUGGAGACAUACAAGGAGAAAGUGAGCAUAGAUGAGGAGAACAAGGCGGUUCAUUUGACAGCAUUGGAGGGACAUUGCUUGGAACUUUACAGGAGCUAUAACAUCAUCUACCAAUUCAUUCACAACGGUGAAAGCAACAUCGUCAAAAUCACUAUCGAGUACGAGAAGAAACAUGAGGACAUUCCCCCUCCACAGAAGUACAUGGAUUUCGUGAUCAGUUUGAUCAAAGAUCUUGAUGCUAAUCUUGUGAAGGAGUGAAUGAAAGUUAUAUAUAGAUCGAUCGAUCGGUUGGAUGGUUGUAUUGCAAGAUAGCAUGAAUAAUGUGGUUUUUUUAAUUUUUGGUUAAUUUUGUGAUAAGUAAGAGCUUCAACUAUUGUAUUGUGUGUGAGAAGUUCCUACCACUUGGGUAGGUUCAAUAACGGUUCAUUAUGGUUGUAACUUUGAUCCUUUGGGUUGUAAUAAGAGCUUGAAGGCUAGAGAUUUGGUUUGCUA